CAUCUUGAUUUCACAUUUAUGAAUUAGUAAUGUUUGCCCGAGUGUUAACAGUCUUUUUUCUUCUAAAUAUUUUUUGCAAAGCUGUUAUUUCCAUUGACAGUUAUGAAGCUUAUUUCCUACCAGAUUCACUUUUCAUUCAGCAAUCAGAAUCAGACACAGUGAAGAUAGGCUUGAAUCAAUCAGUGCCAAACGAUGUGACGCUUAAGCUAAGCUACUGGGAAAGAAAUGGUGAUAUGGUUUCACCAGAAAAGCUGAACGGCUCAGCCAUUCUUCCUAUACCUGAUUUUGUUAUAAAGAAAAAUCAAGAUGGUCCUACUCCUGUCACAAUAACUGGUAACUUACCCGGUCAUAUAUAUCUGAGAAUAAAUUCAUCUGGAAGUAUUGAUAUUGUAAACGCAAAAUCUGCAAUAUGUCGAGUGACUGUUGUGCGUUUACGUUGGUUAAAUAUACUACAAAUUAUAAUUGGUUGGCUUUAUUUUGCUGCUUGGACUGUUUCAUUCUAUCCUCAGUUAUAUAUGAAUUGGAGAAGGAAAAGUGUGGUUGGAUUUAAUUUUGAUUUCGCCAUAUUGAAUGUUAUUGGAUUCCUCUACUACAGCAUCUAUAAUAUUGGAUUAUUUUGGAUUCCAUUAAUACAGCAACAAUAUUUAAGCAGAAAUCCUUUGGGUACAAUACCAGUACUGACAAACGAUGUGGUAUUUGCAUUUCACGCCUUCAUUAUAUCCUCAUUAACAGCAUUUCAAAUCUUAAUUUAUGAUCGUGGUGACCAGCGUGUCUCCAAAUUGUGCAUAGGGUUAAUAAUUCUGAUCGCAAUAUAUACAAUCAUUGUGUGUAUAAUAGGUGGUGCAAAUGUUGUACAAUGGUUGGAUACCUUUUAUCUAUUAUCUCAUGUGAAACUAGUCAUCUCAAUUGUGAAAUAUACACCUCAGGCGUAUAUGAAUUUCCGUCGAAAAAGUACAGUUGGAUGGAGUAUAGCCAAUAUUAUGUUGGAUUUCAGUGGUGGAAUUCUUAGCAUUGCUCAAAUGAUUAUUAUUGCAUACAAUAACAAUGAUAUCAGUAGUAUAACUGGCUCACCGAUAAAACUUGGCCUAGGCAUAUUGUCAAUUGCAUUCGAUAUCUUAUUUAUGGUACAACAUUGGUGCUUAUAUCGUCAUCCACCAAAUCAAGAUUUCGAUGUGAUUACUGUUGAAGAAGAAAAGACUGACAUAGAAGAUCCGCCGAAUAAGGAAAAACCAACCCCCUGAUUACUGUUUUUUUUCUCUGUGAAUGUAAAUAAUACAUUCUAUCAAACAACAGAAAAAAAAGAAGAGGAAGAAGAAGAAGUGUCACUCACUACUUCUAUUCUUUCAUUGCUGCUGUCAUUUUCGUGUUCCUACAUCUUUAUUUUUGAUACAUAUAUAUAUUAUACAUAUCCUAUGGUAAUCAUUUUUGAUAUACGAAUCUCUCUCCGUCUCUCUGAGUUUCACUAACUGUCUUUCUCUAUCCAUGGCUCUUCCUUUAUUCUGUUCGCCUCACUUCUUACACUGCUUCCCUAUCCAUCCUUCUAGUUACAAUCAUAAGUAUUAUGAUUAAAAUUUACGUCUCUAUCUCACUCUUGAGAAAGAGAGGGAAAGAAUAAAUACUCACAAAGCAAUUGUUAUUUCAUCUGAAUAUAUACGCAUAAAAUCGAAAUGAACUGUUCAUUUUCUUUUUCUUCUCCUUCAUGAUAGAAAUUGUAUCUGUUUCAGUGAGCAGUGUUCAUCAUCAUUUAUCUGCAUGUGAUAGAUGUAAUUUUGUUCAUUGAGAGUGCUUUUAAGAUGUUUGUUAUAAUCGUUGAUUGAGAAGAAAAUUAU